UCUUCUUCUUCUUCUUCUUCUUCUUCUUCUCUCUCUCUUUCUCUCUCUUUACCGGACACGUAGAUUUCACGAUGCUAGUUGGAUCUCACAGCGUGAACCUGUUUCAGGCGAGAAAGCCGAGCUUCAGGAACUACACAUCUCCGUUGAACCCCUUAACAAGAACUCCGUCUUCUUGUUCCUAUUCAGCUUCUGUCCCGACUUGUUUUCCUAUUAAAGCAUCAUCGGCUGCAGCAGCACCCUCAAAAACUGAGUUGACUCUCGCCAAUCUCGACAAGCUGCUCCCCAAGUCUGCCACACCUCAACCUCCACAGCUCGACCCUCAACCUGGGAUUGAAGAUCGGAAAAAGAAAGGGUCGACGACGGAAAACAAGGGAAAGGGGUUCCUAGAAGGGCUGAGUCUCGCCAAGCUUUGGCCGCAGGUGAAGGCUGCGGCGGAGGAAAUGUCUCCGAGGCAUUUGAAGACCCUAAGGAGGCUUUUGUCCAAGACAGCAGAGUAUUCUCCCCGGAACAACUUGGUUUCCCGGUGGAGGGAGUAUCACGGUAGCAAUAACUGGGCCGGACUACUUGACCCGCUUGAUGAGAAUCUCCGGCGAGAGGUCGUCAGGUACGGUGAGUUCAUCCAGGCUGCUUAUCAGUCAUUUCAUAACAAUCCAGCUAUGUCGUUGGAGGAAACUCAGAUGCCGCGUAACGUUGCCCUGCCGGACAGGUCAUAUAAGGUGACCAAGAGUCUUUAUGCUACGUCAGCAAUCGGGCUGCCGGACUGGGUCGAUGAUGUGGCCCCGGAUCUCGGGUGGAUGACCCAGCGGUCGAGCUGGAUCGGGUACGUGGCGGUCUGCGACGACAGGCGGGAAAUUGCGCGGAUGGGUCGACGUGAUAUCGUCAUCGCCCUCCGCGGAACCUCCACAUGUCUUGAGUGGGCCGAGAACAUGAGGGCCCAGCUCAUUCAAAUCCCCCCCACGGAGGAGGGCGGAGAGGAAGCACAAGCAAAGGUGGAGUGCGGCUUCCAAAGCCUCUACAAGACCCCCGGGGUUCACGUGCCGAGCCUCUCACAGUCCGUGGUUGAAGAAAUCAAAAGAUUGAAGGAAUUAUACAAGGGUGAGGAGCUGAGCAUAACCGUCACGGGUCAUAGCCUUGGCGCGGCCAUCGCUCUCUUAGUAGGCGACGAGUUAAAGACCUGCGCCGAGGAUAUGCCACCUGUGGCGGUUUUCUCUUUCGGAGGACCCCGAGUGGGAAACCGAGGAUUUGCAAACAGAAUGGAAGCGAAGAACGUGAAGGUCCUGCGGAUCGUAAACUCCCAAGACUUGAUCACAAGGGUACCGGGCAUCUUCGUUGGGGAAGGAGUGCUAGAAGAGAAGCUCAAGAACUCGAAAAUAGCAGAUCUGCUUGACAAGAAGAUGCCCUUGGCCUACUCACACGUCGGAACAGAGUUGAGGGUUGACACAAAAAUGUCACCCUACUUGAAGCCCAACGCCGAUGUGGCUUGCUGCCAUGACUUGGAGGCAUAUUUGCAUUUGGUGGAUGGGUUCAUGGCAUCUAACUGUCCUUUCAGAAAGAAUGCCAAGAGGAGUUUAGUGAGGUUGCUUCAAGAUCAAGGAUCUAAUGUGAAAAAAUUGUAUAUCAGUAAGGCAAACAACUUGAGUAGUUUGAAUCUUGAAAGGGAGGGAAUUAUGGCUACUUGCUUGCCUAGUCCCUCUUAAUGCCAAUCCAAUAACAACUUUGCACAUAUAUACUCUUCUAGUCAAAUGAUAAGCUUAUGUGUGUUGUGGUUUUUACUGUG